GGGAGCCGCGGCCGCCGUCCCGUCGUGCCGUCCCGUCCCGUCCCGUCCCCGCCGCCGCCCCGCGCGGACCCGCCGCCGGCCAGGAUGCUGGAGGAAGCGGGCGAGGUGCUGGAGAACAUGCUGAAGGCGUCGUGCCUGCCGCUCGGCUUCAUCGUCUUCUUGCCCGCGGUGCUGCUGCUCGUGGCCCCGCCGCUGCCCGCCGCCGACGCCGCGCACGAGUUCACGGUGUACCGCAUGCAGCAGUACGACCUGCAGGGCCAGCCCUACGGCACCCGGAACGCAGUGCUCAACACGGAGGCACGCACGAUGGACGCGGACGUGCUGAGCCGGCGCUGCGUGCUCAUGCGGCUGGCGGACUUCUCCUACGAGCAGUACCAGAAGGCCCUGCGGCAGUCGGCGGGGGCCGUGGUCAUCAUCCUGCCGCGGGCCAUGGCCGCUGUGCCCCAGGACGUCGUGCGGCAAUUCAUGGAGAUCGAGCCUGAGAUGCUGGCCAUGGAGACCAUCGUCCCCGUGUACUUUGCCGUGGAGGACGAGGCCCUGCUGUCCAUCUACGAGCAGACCCAGGCCGCCUCCGCCUCCCAGGGCUCUGCCUCUGCCGCCGAAGUGCUGCUCCACACGGCCACUGCCAAUGGCUUCCAGAUGGUCACCAGUGGGGUCCAGAGCAAGGCCGUGAGCGACUGGCUCAUCACCAGCGUGGAGGGGCGGCUGACGGGGCUGGGUGGAGAGGACCUGCCCACCAUCGUCAUCGUGGCUCACUACGACGCCUUCGGGGUGGCCCCGUGGCUGUCCCUGGGCGCGGACUCCAACGGGAGUGGUGUCUCGGUGCUGCUGGAGCUGGCCCGGCUCUUCUCCAGGCUCUACACCUACAAGCGCACCCACGCGGCGUACAACCUCCUGUUCUUCGCUUCUGGAGGAGGCAAGUUUAACUACCAGGGGACCAAGCGCUGGCUGGAGGACAACCUGGACCACACAGACUCCAGCCUGCUCCAGGACAACGUGGCCUUCGUCCUGUGCCUGGACACCGUGGGCCGGGGCAGCAGCCUGCACCUGCACGUGUCCAGGCCGCCCCGGGAGGGGACCCUGCAGCACGCCUUCCUGCGGGAGCUGGAAACGGUAGCCGCCCACCAGUUCCCCGAGGUACGGUUCUCCAUGGUGCACAAGAAGAUCAACCUGGCCGACGACGUGCUGGCCUGGGAGCACGAGCGCUUUGCCAUCCGCCGGCUGCCCGCCUUCACCCUGUCCCACCUGGAGAGCCACCGUGACGGCCAGCGCAGCAGCAUCAUGGACGUGCGGUCCCGGGUGGACUCGAAGACCCUGACGCGCAACACGAGGAUCAUCGCGGAGGCCCUGACGCGGGUCAUAUACAACCUGACAGAGAAGGGCACCCCGCCAGACAUGCCCGUGUUCACCGAGCAGAUGCAGGUCCAGCAGGAGCAGCUGGACUCGGUGAUGGACUGGCUCACCAACCAGCCGCGGGCUGCACAGCUGCUGGACAAGGACGGCACCUUCCUGAGCACGCUGGAGCACUUCCUGAGCCGCUACCUGAAGGACGUGCGGCAGCACCACGUGAAGGCCGACAAGCGGGACCCCGAGUUCGUCUUCUAUGACCAGCUGAAGCAGGUGAUGAACGCCUACAGGGUCAAGCCGGCUAUCUUCGACCUGCUCCUGGCCGUCUGCAUCGGCGCCUACCUCGGGAUGGCCUACACGGCAGUCCAGCACUUUGACCUCCUCUACAAGACCGUGCAGAGGCUACUGGUAAAGGCCAAGACACAGUGACCCGGCCACCCGUCCGCGCCCGCCACGCAGGAAGGACAGCACCCCUGGCCGUUGACACUGAAUUACAGUUUCCGAGCCGCUC